GCCACAUUCACGGAUUGGCAUAAUAAUUGUAAACUAAAAAAACAAACUAACAAACUAAUUAAAAAUGGAUGGCAUAAUUGUCGACAAACAAGCGCCCCAAUUUAAUAUGGAUACCAAUGGUCGCCGCAAUUUUAUACGCUUUUAUAAAUCAUUGGGCGAGAAACCCUUAACUACCAUACGCUUCUUUGACCACACCGAUUCCUAUACCGUUCACGGUAAAGAUGACACUAACCUCAUAGCCCGCAUGGUUUACAAGUCCACUGCUUUCAUCAGCGAAAUGCUGCCAAAUGAUUCCGACUCCAUACCUUAUAUUACCCUGUAUAAGAAUAAAUUUGAGUCGGCAGUGCGUGAACUGCUCUUGGUGCGCAACUAUAGGGUAGAGGUCUACGUGCGUCGUUCUAGUGGCUCAGACUGGAAAGUUGAAUAUAGGGGCUCUCCCGGAAAUUUAUUACAGUUUGAGGAUAUAAUUUUCUCCAACAAAGAGGAGUUGGUGGGCAAUAGCAUUUUAUCGCUGCAGCUUCGCAUGAUCAAUAAUCAAAGAAAGGUGGGUGUGGCAGCAGUGGAGCAAAAUGACUGCUUGUUUCAGGUUUUGGAGUUUGUCGAUGAUGAUUUCUUUACCGAAUUGGAAGCAACUGUGGUGCUAUUGGGACCCAAGGAAUGUUUGUUGCCAUCACAGGAAGGAGAGUAUGAAGCUGUUAAAAAUCUGUUGGAACGCAAUGGUAUUAUGGUUACUGUGGCCUCAAAAUCCCAACAAUCUGCCGAAAAAGGAGAUCUUGUGCAAGAUCUAAAUAAACUUUUGAGAUUCAGUAAAGGCCAACAGGAAGAUGCCACUGGAAUGGCAGAACUUACGCUGACCAUUGCCAUGGAGGCCUUAAAAUUAGUCAUUAAGUAUUUGGCCCUAACAAGUGAUGCUGGAAAUCUGGGCCAUUAUCAAAUCAAGCAACUGAAUUUAAAAAGAUUUGUGCACAUGGACGCUGCUGCGGUUAGUGCUUUAAAUGUUCUACCUAAGCCUGGUACUCAUCCCUCCUCCCCCUCGUACAGAUGGCAAAGUGUUUUGGGAGUUUUAGAUCGUUGUCACACUCCCCAGGGUCAUCGUCUUAUGGCCCAAUGGGUGAAACAGCCCCUACGUAGCCAAGAGAUACUUAACGAUCGUCAUAAUAUCGUACAAUGUUUACUGGAAUCUCCCACAACUUUAAGUUCUCUACAUGAGGACUAUUUGAAGCGUAUACCCGAUGUAUUAAUGCUGACCAAGAAAUUGUUGCGUAAAAAGGCCAAUUUACAAGAUAUUUUUCGUAUAUACCAGGUUAUGUUACGCACUCCCAAAGUCAUUAAUAUUUUGCGUUCUCUGGAAAAUGCCACCAUAAAUAGUGUCAUUUGUGGUCCUAUGCAAAGUUUUUUAGAAGAUUUAUCCGGGUUCAAACAGAUGGUUGAGCAAGUUAUGGAUUUUGAUGCCAUAGAGACGGGAGAGUAUUUGGUAAAGGCCUCUUUUGAUACUGAUUUGCGAGAAAUGAAGCAACGCAUGACACGUUUAAUGGAAAAAAUGGAAGACUGCCAAGAGAAGGCUUCACGAGAUUUAGAUUUGGAUAAGAAUUCUUGGGUAAAAUUGGCAAAUGUGCCAAAUUUCGGUUAUACCCUACGCAUAACGCUAAAGGAUGAUACGGCUUUGCGCAAGAACAAGGAUUACAAAAUUAUUGAUGUCCUCAGGGGUGGUAUACGCUUCACCACCGACAAGCUUACCAAAAUAAAUGAAGAGUUUGUGGCCCUCCGAGAACAAUAUGAAGAACAACAAAUGGCAAUUGUGGAGGAAAUUAUUAAAGUAGCUGUUGGUUAUGCUGCUCCACUGACAAGUUUGAAUAAUGAAUUUGCCCAGCUGGAUUGUUUGGUUAGUUUUGGCAUAGUGGCGCAGUCAGCACCCAUACCCUAUGUAAGACCUAAAAUGUUGGAGGAGGGUUCUGGCGAGCUGGUAUUGAAAGAUAUAAGACAUCCCUGCUUGGAACUGCAAGAGCACAUCAAUUUUAUAGCCAACAGUGUAGAGUUUAAAAAAGAUAUCUGCAACAUGUUGAUCAUAACUGGCCCCAAUAUGGGUGGUAAAUCCACCUAUAUACGCUCGGUGGGCACAGCCGUUUUAAUGGCCCAUGUAGGCAGUUUUGUGCCAUGUUCCGAAGCUACAAUAUCUAUGGUGGACUCCAUACUUGGCAGAGUGGGGGCCAGUGAUAAUAUCAUUAAAGGUCUAAGUACCUUUAUGGUGGAGAUGAUGGAAACCUCAGGCAUUAUAAGAUCUGCCACUGAUAAAUCUUUGGUAAUUAUCGAUGAACUGGGCAGAGGCACCUCCACUUACGAAGGCUGCGGCAUAGCAUGGUCCAUAGCUGAACACUUGGCCAAGGAAACAAAAUGUUUUACUUUGUUUGCCACUCACUUUCAUGAAAUUACCAAUCUUUCGGAAACCGUGGACACUGUCAAAAAUUGCCACAUGGCUGCUGUGGCAGAUAAUGAAAACUUCACCUUGCUUUAUCAGGUGCGUCCCGGUGUCAUGGAGAAGAGUUUUGGCAUUCAGGUGGCCCGUUUGGCAAAUUUUCCCGAAAAUGUGGUACAAAAUGCCCAACAGAUUUACAAUGAAUUCGAAGAUGAACAUGCUGCCAAGCAAACGGAAGAGGAUAAAGGACUUUUGGAGAAAAUCAAUAAAGCCAUUGAAAAUCUAUCCACCACCGGCAAUAAUGUGGAUAUCAAUGAAAGUGAUUUAUCCAAAUUGGUGGAACAAUUCACUCAGGACAUAAAAAAAUUGGAUAGUGAAUAUUUCAAAAGUGUUCUAGCCACUGCCGGUGGUAUGGCCAAGUAGAAUAUUUAAAUCUUGGUUAAGAGAUAAAGAAUUUUGGAAACGUUUGCCAAUCCCAUAGCUGUAUAACUAAGUUACGUUUUGUAUUGCUCAGUAUUCUUUUAUUGUUUAAGUAUUGUUUUGUUUUAAAAACAUAGUUUCACUUGUAAGUGAAUGUUUUUUCUCUUCCAAGGCAGUUUUUGACCAUACACAUGAUCUACAUUUUUUUAUAUCAAAGUU